UAGCCAUUUCGUUGUUUUGUUAAGAAAAGUCGCUGUCAUACAGUGAAAACAAAUCACGACAGUGAUAAAAAAAACAGAUGUGGUGAGUGGGCAGGUGUUAAACAAAUGUGAAAAUGGCAGGGUCGGCAUUACGGAGGCUGAUGGCAGAAUAUAAACAAUUAACAUUAAAUCCGCCCGAAGGCAUAAUUGCGGGACCAAUUAACGAAGAAAAUUUUUUUGAAUGGGAAGCGCUCAUCACUGGACCAGAAGGAACAUGUUUUGAAGGAGGUGUAUUUCCAGCAAAGCUUGUAUUUCCUCCUGACUACCCACUGAGCCCCCCAAAAAUGCAGUUUACUUGUGAAAUGUUCCAUCCAAACAUUUAUGCAGAUGGCCGUGUGUGUAUCUCUAUUCUACAUGCUCCUGGGGAUGAUCCUAUGGGCUACGAGUCAAGUGCCGAACGAUGGAGCCCAGUACAGAGUGUAGAGAAAAUCCUCCUUUCAGUUGUUAGUAUGUUGGCAGAGCCAAAUGAUGAGAGUGGUGCAAACGUUGAUGCUGCGAAGAUGUGGCGGGAAGAUCGUGAAGAAUUCAACAGGAUAGCAGAGAGAAUAGUCAGAAAAACACUUGGAUUGCCUCCGCCAUAAUCCUGAUUUGUUAAAUAUCCUUUCUUUGUAAUGUGAUAUAAUAGAAACCUGUGACCACCAGUUCAAUAUUUGUGCAGCAUGUCUUGAUUUGCAGAAUUCUAGCCCAUUUGAAAUAGCAAGUUAAUUUAUGAAA